AAUCUAGCGCUAAAUGAUUGUACUAAACUAAAUCACUCCACGGCGAUGUACUAAAACAAACGCUGCACUAUCAAAGGUACCGACAAAUGAACGAUUCUUAGCGUACCUCGGACAUUGUGGGUUGGUACCCCCGGAAACCGAAGGCGCAGCAUCCAUCGUGCGCCGAGUACCGUGCGUAGGGCUCGUGUCCUGACGUCUCACCAAACCAGUCGGCAUAACCCGAUGGCGACGUCAUCAGCUACUAUCAUAUAUGUACAACAGGAGCAGCAUCCUCUCCACCAUCACAAUUCACCGUGCGCGACCUUUGCUGGUUCGUUGGCACACGCAACGACACGUACAGAUGCACCACACUCGCAAUUUGCACAACGCGAGCGCGACCCGACGAAGACGCGAACGCGAAGACGGCAAUACCUCUGGCUCGGAUAUAAUCAGUUGCUCGCGGCUCGCGGACGAACAGUAAGCAAAGCAAAGGCUCCGUGAACCGACAGAUCCGACCGAUCACGUGCAGAGCGAGCGCAAAAGCAGCCGUGCCGUUUACUGCCCACCACACGUUCCGUUACGCUAUAGAUAGUGUGUUCCAGGCGUUUGAAGUGCUCUGCGUGGGUGACAAGAGAAUAUUGAAUUGAAAAAAAAAUCGAUUUAAAAGUAUCUUAAAUUGUGUUUGUAGCAAGAAAGGUUGAGAAGGAAGCUAGCGUAAAAUACCAAUUCCACCAAGUGCUCGAGAGUGGUUAUAGUGUUUUGUUUGGUACUUAAAUAGUAAGAAUCUAUCGUUUGUACUAGUGCGCUUCGUUUCUGCUGUGGUUUAUUCACAAUCAAGUACAUCUUUCCUUGUUUCACCCGGAGUGUGUUCUGGUUCUGACUUUCAUCGAAACGAAGGUAGAACAACGUUACAAGGUCAAAGGUUCUGGAAGGAUCCGAAAAGAUCCGGCGCCGAGUGGAACGAUGAUCGAUUAAAGUAGGAAAAACGCAACUCGAACAGCUCGUAGACAAGAAGGCCCGAGAGGGGUGUGUAGUAAACCGCGCACAAAAACGCCAUUACCAAAACAUUAUGUGAUUUUUGCUACGAUCGUAUCGAAGUGGUCCUUCGGGUAUCCUUCACGAAACGUUUAACGCUACAGAGUAUUGCCAGAUUUUGGCCCCCCCGUUGCACGGUCAGCAUAUAAAUACGAAUCCUUAUCGGUUGAUAUCGGUCGCUAGUGUUACCGAUAAGUGUUGGUGUUUUCUCUCACCUUCAACGCGACGAAACGACGCAAACGAGCAGAUUCCUAGCGACGCGCCAAGAUGAAGAUGCAUUCGACGUACGUGUCGUUGGUGGGUCUGUGCGCUUUUGUUACGGCCGUGAUAGCGCAAAGUGUGGCUGAUGAUGGGGUGACGGCACCCACCGUCAGUAUGACGCCACCACCACCACGGGAACCAUUGCUCAAUGAAACGGAAUUGGUUGAUCUGAACCAGGUCAGCAGUACGGCGUUAACACAGCCCUCCUCAACGACUGUGGCGGUAUCCUUCGUACCGGUGGAUAGUUCCUCCAGCACAUCGGUCACACCGGUAGGGACGUCCACUACCGAAGGAACAAUGUCGCCGGAGGAAAUACAGAAGCUGCUGUUACCGCCGGCUACCGUUGAGGCCGACAUCUUGCACGUUAACGUAACGGACGAUAAUCGACCGAAUGCUAAAUCUAGCAGCAAAGAAUCCGACUGUCCCACACUGGAAGGAGCAGAUCAUCUAUCACAGACACAACUUCUUACGAGAUUAACACACGUCUGCCGCUACGAUCGAUUGGAGCGCCCCAAGCGAGAAUCUGUCAACGGGACAAAUGGACCGGUAAAAGUGUACGCCCGAGCCUACAUUUACUUUAUGCAAAAUUUAGAAGCUCAUGAUUUGCAAUUUAAAAUUCACGCACUGCUACAGUUCCGCUACGUCGAUCCACGCUUAGUAUUCAGGGAAGUGGCACCGAACCGAACGAAACCCAUCAUGGGCGAGCAGUCGUUGCGUGAUUUGCUUUGGGUGCCCCACGUCUUCCUGGCAAACGAGCGCAGCUCGGACAUACUGGGCACGGCCGAGAAGGACAUUCUUACCUCGAUCUCACCCGACGGUACAGUGAUUGUAUCGACGCGUAUCAGUGCCACUCUCUAUUGCUGGAUGAAUCUACAAAAGUUCCCGUUCGAUGAGCAACACUGUUCAACGGUGCUGGAGAGUUGGAUGUACAAUGAGGACGAUUUAGUGCUGCUUUGGGAACAUAAGUCACCUGUGACACUAGCACCAGAGCUGCAUCUCACCGAGUACGUGCUGCUGGAGAUGUUUACCAACGAAACAGUAAUUAAUGCAGAUUUAAGUGAUCUGCGCCAUGGUGCUUUUGCUGGUAACUACAGUUCACUCAGCUUCACCGUACACCUGGCACGUGAAAUGGGCUUCUACAUGAUGGAUUACUUCAUUCCCUCGAUCAUGUUGGUCGCCAUCUCGUGGGUAACGUUCUGGCUGCAGGCUGAUCAGUCAGCACCGCGCAUUACGCUCGGCACCAGCACUAUGCUGACGUUUAUUACACUAGCCUCAGCGCAGGGCAAAACGCUCCCGAAGGUUAGCUACAUCAAAGCAUCCGAGAUCUGGUUCCUUGGCUGCACCGGUUUCAUCUUUGGCAGUUUGGUAGAGUUUGCGUUCGUCAACACAAUCUGGCGCCGAAAGCGCAACGUGGAGGUAAAGAAGGUCAACAGUAAGCAUGUGCUGAAGCAAGCAAUCACACCUCGUCCAGCGCGCAAGGACAUGAGCGGGCUGCACAAAUCUCAUUCCUGUACAUCGCUGGCCGAUUCGGCCACUACCGUUUCGGCCAAUUCCUUCAACAACUAUCUUACCGUACAUGUAUGUAUUACAUCUUCCGUGCUUUCGUACAUUAUCAAUAACGAUCUUCGAAUUUCCUACUUUCAGUCCAUCCCUCAGAAGAGCCCAAGUAGUGCUACUCUGCCCAUAAUUUCAACGACGGACGUCGAGCGAACUGUGACCGACACCGUAACGAUCCAGAUAGAGGGCCAACCGAACAACGUCAAUGGAAAUGGUUGGACCACAAUGACACCACAAGAGGUUGCCAUCUGGAUCGACAAACGAUCGCGCUUCGUCUUCCCGAUCGCGUUUGUGAUCUUCAACAUUUUCUACUGGACGUUCGUGUACUACGUUUGAAGCGGGCUCAGUUGGGUUAAAAACCGACGAAACAGAAGCCUUCCAGUCAUUGGUGUAAUUACGAACCGUUCCGCACCGGAUACACAGAUAGUAUUAUAAUGCGAGGCAGCGAGUAGCCUUUUGCCUUGUUGUUUUCUUUUUGUAUUGCAGCUUCAAAGCAAAACACAUACUUACCGAAGAUUAAACACUUAGCAAUUAUUAUUUAUUUAAACGACGUGCCUAAACCUUACUGUGCAUAGUUAUGAAAAAAUAAAUCCUUUACCUGUAAGUUGAACCGAAAA